AUGGCCUGCUUCAUCUACAUUAACGGCUACCCGGGUGUGGGCAAACUCACCAUCGCCAACGCUGUCUCCAAACUCAUCCCGCGCAGCCGCGUCUUCCACAACCACCUGCUAAUUGACCCCGUUGCCGCAUUGCUCGACCGAGACGACGUUGAGGCGUACAACGAUCUGAGAACCACGUUUCGCAGGCAUGCUCUCGACACCAUCGCCACACAUCCUGCGCUUGCGGACAAGACCUUCAUCUUCACAGACGCGCGGGAGUCGGGUCCUCUCGGCAGCGAAGCGGCGCAAGAUUAUAAGGCGGCUGCUGAGAAAAGGGACGUGCUGUUUAUCUCGGUCGUGUUGCAUUGCGACGUGGAUGAGAAUGUCAGGAGACUUGGAGGCCGGAGAUUUGCCGGGGCUGAUGAGGCGGCUGGUAACACCAAGUUGACUGACGGUGAGACUCUGAAAAAGAUCCGGGAAAAGGAAGCCAUCUUUCAGUUUGGAGAUGAAAACGAGAUGUGUUUGGACGUCACGAGCCUGGAGCCCGAUCAUUCUGCGCUCCUGAUUUUACAACAUUUGGACGCGAUUUACCGUCGUCUCGAUAAAGACAGUUGA